UGGAAAAACAGAGGAGAGAACGUGAGUAACUCUCGAUAAUCGAAGCUCCAACCGAAAACUUCCAGUGAGUCAAACGAGCAUCUACUACCAACUGCGACGCUGAGGUUCUAAGCGAAGUACUGCUCACUCACGGUGCUGCUGUCGUGGAAGCAGAGGCAGGAGCUGCUCUGGCUGAACAUAUCUGAACACUGUGCAGGGACCCGACUCAGUUAGUCCACCGUGAGUCCAAUGGGCUGACGGGAGUUGGACACUGGACAGGUUUCUUCAGUACUUUGAGUCGUUUCUGUUCCGCGAAUGAAGAAGUGAACUUCUGGCGAACGCAAUCAUGGCUGUCCAGACUGGCAUUCAGGUUUGGUUCAGCGAGAAGUUCGACGCCCCCCUGCUGAGUCCCAGGUGCCCCCGCAGCCCAUUGGCUCAGCGGCACGGCCCCGGCCUCUCCAACGUUUUCCAGUAUGACCAGUGGCUGGCGGUCCGCCACGAGGCCACGCUGGUCCCAAUGCAGGAGGACCUGGCCAUCUGGCUCAGCGGCAUGUUGGGAGAGGAGGUGAGAGCCGAACUGUUCAUGGAGGAGCUGGAUAACGGCGUGAAGCUCUGCCAGCUGAUCGGCGCCCUGCAGACCAAGGUCGCCCAGACCUGCCCCACAGCCCCACCUAAGCUCUUCCCAACCAGGAAGGUGGCCUGUAAGCGUGACGCCUCCCCGGGUUCUUUCUUCGCCCGGGACAACACAGCCAACUUCCUGGCCUGGUGCCGGCACGUCGGCGUGGACGACACCUACCUGUUUGAGUCAGAGGGCCUCGUGCUGCACAAGGAGCCUCGGCAGGUGUGCCUGUGUCUGCUGGAGGUCGGCCGGAUCGUCUCCAGAUACGGGGUGGAGCCGCCCGUGUUGGUGAAGCUGGAGAAGGAAAUCGAGCUGGAGGAGACGCUGCUGAUGACGGAAGAGCCUCCCGCCGCGGUGAAAACCUUCAGCGUGUGCUGCCAGCACGGGGCGCUCUACCAGCCGGAGGAGCUCAGCGUGGAUGACCCGCCCUGUAACUGCUCCAACAAGGUGUCCAUAGAGUACCUGUCAGAGGGACGCUACAGACUGGGCGAUAAGACCAUCUUCAUCAGAAUGCUGCACGGCAAACACGUGAUGGUACGAGUCGGCGGGGGCUGGGACACCCUGAGGGGCUUCCUGACAAAGUACGACCCUCUGCGGGAGCUGCAGUUCACCACACUGGAGCAGAAGAUCCUGGCCUUCCAGAAGGGCCCACCUGGUUUGGGCGGUCACCGUGCCAACAACGCUCCACCUCAUAUGGACCCUCUUGCUGCAGUUAAUGGCCUCAUCUCCUCCUCUGCUUCCUCCUCUUCCUCCUGCUCUUCAUCAGCAUCUGCACCCCCUGUAGGACAGAGCUGCCGCUCAUGCAUCCCCUCCCCUGCCUGCACCCCCAUCCUGGCGAGGAAAGGUUCUGCUGCUGUACUGAAGAAAGACCUCCAGAUGGUGCCGUCCUCCCCCAGGAAGCCCACCCAACUCCCCCUACCUUUCCCCACCAAAGGCUUCUCUUCUCUGCCCUCCUCACCUGUGAGCAGCUCUAGCAGGCGGGCCCCCAGCCCGGGCAGUCACCACAGAGCCCUGACUCCAACAGCUCCCCCUGUGGAGCCAAGCUCCGCCUCAAAGCUAAAGCCCCGCCCACAUGGUCCUACCGGCCAACCCAGGAGCCCGGUCUGUCCUGAGCCUUCCUCCAAAUGCCCCAAACCUUCCAGCCCAUGUACCUCUCCCACUACUGCACACAUGUCCCGUCCCACCACCGUAUCUGCCCCCAAAGACGUUAAGCCUUCCUCGGGCGCCAGCCAGCGCUCCCGCCUUGCACAGAGGCGCCCCGGCUCUCCGGCGUCACGCCUCCGUCUGGAGACGAUCAGGAAGGCCAGGUUAGCCACAAGGACUGUGCCGGUACAAAAACCGGUACCUCGGCAGUCCCCGACCCCCUGCUCCCAGGUUGGCUCCUCCCGUGCCCCGACCCCCUGCUCCCAGGUUGGCUCCUCCCGUGCCCCGACCCCCUGCUCCCAGGUUGGCUCCUCCCGUGCCCCGACCCCCUGCUCCCAGGUUGGCUCCUCCCGUGCCCCGACCCCCUGCUCCCAGGUUGGCUCCUCCCGUGCCCCGACCCCCUGCUCCCAGGUUGGCUCCUCCCGUGCCCCGAACCCCUGCUCCCAGGUUGGCUCCUCCCCUGCCCUGACCCCCUGCUCCCAGGUUGGCUCCUCCCCUGCCCUGACCCCCUGCUCCCAGGUUGGCUCCUCCCGUGCCCCGACCCCCUGCUCCCAGGCCGUGUCCCCAGCAACAGUAACUUCUAUCUGCUCCAUGUCAAAGGUUAAAAUCAAGGUGGCCUCUGCCAUCCCUGGGCCGGUCCCAAGUUUUGCCUCCUCUUCCUCUAAAGGUAAUCAGAAGGCCCCACCCACAUCACAGAGGACUGUGAGAAAACCAGCAGCUCCAGGGAACCCCAGCACAAAGACGAUACUGAAGUCUGAUGCAACGGCAACUCAAACCACAACCUCUCAGAGAAACCCAGUGAAAGCUGCAGAGAAGAUCCCACAGAGCAAGGCCAGGAGUGACAAGCCGUACUUUGAAAUGACCACUAGGAGGAAGCAGAGAGCCUGAAACGGCGCCCUCUAAAGACUUCAUGAAACCAGCAGCAGCAGUUGUUGGUGCUCAGACUUUAUUGAUAUCAUCUCUAAUCCUUGUCUCUGAUCAUGUCUGUAAUUUUGUUUUUGAUUUAUUCUUUUUAAUGUUUAUUUAAUAGUCUUUAAUUUGUUUUUUUAUCUAACUGUGGUCUCUUUAGAGAUCAGAUUUACUUUAAUAAACUCAAACUUGCACAAUGUUUACAUUUAAUUCUGAUAAGAUUUAAAUCAUAAAUGGUUUUAGAGGGAAAUUAUGUUCAACAUGCUACAUGAAACCUUUUAGACCCAACUCAUGAAUAUAGUUGGUUUAAGAUGAGUUUUACAUAAACUUCUGUCUUUCCUUAGCAGGUUACCAAAGUUGGGGGGAAAAAAAAACAACUAGGAAUCAUGCUUGAAUUAUAUUUAUAUUUUUCUGAGAUUCCAGUUUCAGCUUGUGAAAACGACCGGUUGUCAGGCCACCUAAAAAGUAAUCAACGCCUCAGUUUCUCCACAUUUUGUCUCAACCUAAUUGCAAAAUUAACAAUUUUUCAUAUUCGGCUUCAACUCUAACUCGUCUGUUUGCCCUGUUGCUGUUACAGAAAAACCUUCCCACAGGGUGAAGCUGCCACUGCCAUGCUUCACAAUAUGGGGUGGUAUUUACCAGAUGGUGCCUUUUUUUUAUUUUUUAUUUUUAUUUUUAUUUUUUUUGUACUCUGGGUCAAGGCUGCAACAUAAUGUGGAGCGUUAGCUGUAAAUACUUUCUGGAUGUUCUGAACACCAGAUCCUGUUACUGGAGGUUGUUACUGCAGACUCCUUCCUGUCUUGUGCCUUUAAACUGAAAUCCUGCGUUCCUUCGCUACAUCGAGCAGUUAACACACUUUGAACACACUGUGUGUGACUUUUGCUUAUUGAAAGAAACUACUGAUCAGAUGCCUUUUUUUUCUUUCUUUCUCCUGAAUCAAACACUGAGCAAACAGCAUUUAGACCAGAAUCUACUUUGUGGAACUUUUCCUUUUUUUUUGUGGUCUAAAAUUCUAGGUUUUUUAAAUAUUUUUUGUGUGUUUUAUCAAAAUUUAUUUCUUGGCACUUUAUAGAGAACUUAUGUUGAAUGUCUGUUUUUGUCUGACUAAUAAAUGGAUGUUGGUUUUAGA